AUGGAGGGGCAUACAUGUGGCAACCGCUGUGAAAAAGAGCCCCUCCCUGAGCACUGCUACAAACGCUGCGCGGGGUGCCGCAAGGUAUGGUACUGUGACAAGCAGUGCCAGACCCAACAUUGGCCAUGGCACAUCUUCGACUGCAAGACGGGCACACCGAUCAGUUCUGUGUACUAUCUCGCUCGGGCUUGUUGGGGCGAUCUCGUCCCCCGGGAUCCUCAAACUCGCCUUGACUAUGGAUUCGAGAAAGUCACCAGUAUGCUCGGCGGACACCAGGAAAGCAGACUCCUCGGGCUCUAUCAAGGUGUCCUCCACCAAGAAGUCGAUCUUAAACUGGUGCGCUCUUGGCAGCGGCAAGGGCAGCUCGUGCAAGGUAUCAAGUCUACCUUCGAAAAGAUUCCUUCUAGAAGUCGCGGACAGUACUACCUUUGGUUCCUCGAACACCAGUCCAUCCUCGAGGACCCCACGAAUAUCGACGGUACCGUCACCUCCUCCGUCGCCGAUGAAACCGCGAACCGCAUACUGCGUGUCGGAUGGACCCAUAUCGGCGGCUCCCCCCAUGACAGUAAAGACACCAUCAGGGCGGCGCUCGCCCAGGCGCCUCCCGUCCAACAAGCCUGCCACAAUAUGUACUUCAACGCGCUCUCUUUCGCCCAUCCCUCCCCUACGCUACGCGACUGGACCGCGUUCGGUUUCGUCGCCGCAAGGUCGGAGGGCGACGAGGUUCUCCUUGGGCAAGCGUACGCGGAGCUCGUCCAGGCGUGCCCGUUCGACGAGUUCUGCGCCGCGCACGACGAGGGCGCGAUCCCGGCGCUCUUCCGGCGCUACAACGUCGGGCCUCUGUUCAACGCGCGGCUCUUUGAAGACGUGAUGAGCAGCGGGCCCGGUUCGUGCAAGUCGGUCUGGGACCUCAAGCGGCGCAUGGACAUCCUCGCUUCGACGUUCCCAGGAGACCCGGAGAGGGACCCGUCGCGUCUCGAACCCUCGGUUCGCGUCGACUACGGCUACAUAAACUGCAGGAGCGCGGAGGAGGUCAAGAUGCUGGACGACGCGUACGCGGGGGUCUUUGGGAAGCUCGAUAACGGGGCGGAUUCGGCGGAUCCCCUUCUGCUACACGAGGCGUGCGUGGCUGGGAAGCUGCGGGAGUACGUGGGACGGUUUGUGAAGCUGGGCACGCACAAGGCGGCGUACAAGCGGCUGCUGCGCAACGUGUAUCCCUUACGGGAACCAGUAGAAGACACUGCUUCUGCGGAGUUGGAGUAG